GGGGAAGCCCUUUCUCAAGAAUACUGUGAGUGUACCAGAAACCAUCAGAAAAGCAUGAUUCGUAUCGCCAUCUCGUGUUCUUGAGCUUAGGGGGAAGAUAUGUUAAUUCAACCGACAUUCGUAGCUGUUACAAGCAGGAAGCUGACAGCCCUCUUCUGGAUAGGGUGCACUGUGGAUCCAGUGUUGGUUGUAGUGACGAGUGCCUUUCAAUAGCGGUUGGAUCAUCUCAAGAUGCUGCACGAUUGACAAAAGUUCCUAUCUACGCUGGAUUCAGAUGCUGCAGAUUUUUGCUUGAAGCACUCAUUGUCCAUGGUUGUCCCAACCCUCUGGGUUUCAAAGGCAAGGUCCACCGAGGUCAAACGGUUCAUCUCGCGAUUUGGACGACACGGAAAGCGCUUUGCGGCUCCAUGGAGCCGUUGCUGGAGGAGCCGCAGCCCUGGACCUGGGCGAUCGAUCGCUACUUCAGCAUCUCAUUGCGUGGCUCCACGAUCGCCACGGAGCUGCGGGCAGGAACCACUGCAUUCUUGGCGACUGCCAACAACUUCGUGGUGAAUGCACACAUUAUGUCCCAUGCAGGCCUCCACCCUGAGACCUCCUUGGUGAGUGGCGCCUUUGCUGCGGGCGUCACCUGUAUCUUGUGCGGCAUGCUGAGCAACCUCCCGUUGGGAUUGGUUCCAUCUGUGGGUCCAAAUGUCUACAUCGCUUACAGCUUGGUGGGGCCACGCUUGUUUUCCACCCAGCAGGCCUUGGCCAUUUCCGCCACAUCUGGCGUUUGCUUGGUUCUGCUGUCGUUAACGCCUUUGCUUCGCAUUGUUCUGGGGCUCAUGCCCUUGAGCAUCAAGUACGGCCUGUUGGUCGGUACCGGUCUUCUCACUGCCUUCAUUGGCCUCAAAUCCAUUGGUGUCGUGACGGCGGGGGAGGACAUCGUUGCAUUGGGUGAUUUGAACAGCACAGCCUUUGUGAUCUCCGCCGCCUCUUUAGUCUUCACGGCUUCGCUCCUGUACAAUGCGGUCACGGGAGCAGUCUUGCUCGGCAUGCUAUCUUCCACCCUGAUUGCUUGGAUCUACUUGGAUGAUUGGCCAACCAAGAUCUUCGCACUGCAAGGGCUCAGCUUUUCCAUGCCGAACUUCGAUGCUCUUAGCCAACAGCAGGCUUUCUCCGAGAUCGCGUCCUUGAUGCUCAUGUUACUCUUCUCCCUCAGUGGGGCCAUAAUUGGAACCGCCAAGAUGGCGGGGCUGCUGCAAGAAGAUGGUGGCGUCCGAGGGAGCACCGCAGUCUACAUGUCCAGUGGACUGGGAACCCUACUGGCAGCCUUCCUUGGCACCUCUCCGAUCUUCGUGAGCAUGUCCGCCGCCGCGGGUGUGCGCGAUGGAGGAAGGACCGGAUUGGUGUCCUUGGUGAUUGGUGUCUAUUCCCUGCUGACAGCUUUCGUCCUCUCACCACUGGCAUCUGCCAUUCCCGAAUGUGCAAUUGCACCCGUGCUAGUGCUGGUGGGUGUUUCGAUGACUGGGGAGGCAAGGGAGAUCCAAUGGUGGAACAUGCUGGAUGCACUACCAGCCUUUCUCUGUGCAGUCUUCCAGCCCUUCACGUAUAGCGUCUCCAAUGGGAUCUACGCAGGUGUCGCCAUGUCCUUCAUCCUCUUCUUUACAACUGGAAGUUUCCUGGCGUACAUUCCCUCCUUCCAGAAGACAGAGCCCCGCGGGCUGGUGGAGGAAGUGAGCGCCAUGAUCGAACAUUCCCCGCAGCAACGUUACUCGAGUCCCAAAGUGGUCCCAGAAGAGGAGGACUCGGAUGUUGCACCAGUAAGGCAAGGGCUCAUUCACCUUGGCCUGUCUGGCAAGCAAGAGGCAGGGCUGAGGACAGCUGGGAAGCGGACGAGAGCAGACGAAUGACGUUUGUCGACCAGGUUUAGUGCAGCAGGCAUAGGAGAGUAUGAAGUUUUCAUGUUUUGCCAAGUGGUUUGGGUGUAUUAUCCCGGUUUUUGAUGGUUUUUGACCACUUUUGCUUGAUGGGGCCACUCUCCUUGAACAAACAAAUAGCAUCAAAUAACUGCUAUAGCUGUUCCAUGUAGCCCUGCUUUCCUCAGUUUGACGUGCGACAGGGGAUGAUGUUUGUUGUUGGUUGGCCAACAAGGAUUCCAAAUUAAAAGUGGGGGCUGCCAAGCAUUUGUGACCCGUCCAAAGUCUCGGGGAAGCACACGGGAGUCCAAGAUCCACGUGACCCAUGGGCAUUGAUUAGAGGAACGCUGUUCAUGACGGCCAUCAUCUGAGCAUUCACUUUUAUUUGGUGUUGACUAACGUAGUCUACGACAUGCUUUAUGUGUUAGUCCAACAGUAUUCUUUGGUGAAUGAGAUAGGGCCCACACGUGAAUGAAAUAUGUUUUUUUGAUGACACUAAAAUUGUCUGAACGAG